UUAGAGGGGAUACAUUUAUUUAUGGAAUAUAACAUUUAAUGUUUUUAUGGACCAAAACAGCAUGUUUAAAAUAAAUUUGUAACAAGUAGAAGUUAUUUUUUACUAAAUUCUAAAAUAUGAAUUUGUUCAUACUAUAUGCAAUGAAUUGUCUACGUAAUAAAACAUUUUAACCUUGACAAAAAAGAUUGUUGUGAAAUAGUUAGCACUAUAGUUCAUUCAAAACAAGCAGAACAAUGGCGAAAGAGGAAGAUAACGUUCAACUUAAGGAAACAGAUAUGAACCACGACACUGAUGACCAAAGAAAGAAACCAUUGACAAACGAGACAUAUGUUGAUGUCGAAGAAGAAAAGGAAAAACUAUUUCACUAUGAUGUCUUUGAAAAUCCACCUGUUGUCAUGACAUUUGUUUUUGCCAUACAGCAAGUAUUAAUGUCAUUAUCACGAUCUUUGUCGACUGCAUUGCUCGUAGCAGACAUUGUAUGCGCACGGACGGACGAAAACUUUAAAGCAAGGCUACUAAGCACGACGCUCUUUAUAUCAGGGAUUACUACAUUUCUUCAAAAUACCAUUGGCGUCAGGUUGCCUUUAUACCAAGGUCCAGCUAUGACCUACCUCGUACCUUUGUUAGCUAUGUCUACAUUACCUGAGUGGCGAUGUCCGGACCUAGCAGUUCAAAUUGGUUCAUCCACUGUUGUAAACACCACAGACUUUCCUGCCAUAUCAAAUGUGACCACAAAGAUAUUAUAUGAUAAUGCAGAUACUUUAGAUAAAGUACAAAGGUUGGAAGGAAGUCUAAUGAUAGCAGGUGCUAUUCAUAUGUUGGUCGGACUUACAGGUGUUGUUGGUCUGUUAAUAAAUUUUAUAGGACCAGUAACAAUAGUGCCAGCACUCACUGUAAUUGGAAUUUACAUAUACAAGGCCACAACUAAGUUUGCUAAAACGCAAUGGGGCGUUAGUUUGUUAACUGUUGUGAUAGCCAUGAUACUAUCGUUCUAUCUGCGGAAGAGACGAUCUCCAUUACCGGUGUGGUCACCAAAGAGGGGAUUUCGAAUUAUUUGGUUUCCUCUACAUCAAAUGUUUUCGGUUCUUAUUUCAUGUAUAAUUGGAUGGGUAGUUAGUGCUAUUUUGACUUCAUGUAACCUGAUUUCAAAUGACCCAUCGAACGACAGUUACUAUGCUAGGACUGAUUCAAGACUUGAUGUAAUACAGGAGACAAAUUGGUUUAUACUUCCUUAUCCCGGUCAGUUUGGCCCACCAGGAUUCGAUACAGGGGCGCUUAUAACCUUUCUAAUGGGGACUAUUAGUUCGAUUAUUGAUUCCAUCGGUGAUUACUACGCAUGCGCAAAGGUUUGUGAGGCUCCGCCCCCACCAAAGCAUGCUGCAAAUAGAGGUAUAGCUAUUGAGGGAUUUAUGAGUUUUAUAGGGGGGUGGUCAGGAGCAAGUCAUGCUACAUCCACUUUUGGCGGCAACAUCGGAGCUAUUGGAAUCACGAAGGUUGCCAGCCUGCGGGUAUUCCAGUUGGUUGGAAUCAUAUUUACCGUGUUUGGAGUGAUCGGCAAAGUUGGAGCAGUUUUCGUGACAAUACCUUACAGUGUUAUAGGUGGAAUGAUGAUGAUCAAUUUCGGCAUGCUAAUUGGUGUGAUGCUUUCCAACCUACAAUUUAUAGACCUUGCGUCGUCCAGAAACCUGGCAAUCAUAGGAAUGUCUAUACUAAUGGCCAUGAUGAUGCCUUAUUGGGUACAAACUACACCAAAUGCCAUCGACACCGGUAUUCCAACCCUUAACAGCAUUUUUACGAUGUUUCUGGCAAAUCCAGCGUUUGUUUCAUUCGUUCUUGCAUGCUUUAUGGACAACACUAUACCAGGCACGGAUGAUGAACGGGGACUUACCGCUUGGAAAGCCAGCAUGGGUGUUGAAAAAGAAUCUGGGGAAAAGGAAGAAUCAACGCAAGACGAAAUAAGGCUUAGAAAAUUAAAGCAAACAAUUUAUAUUGUACCUUUUUCAAAACAAUUAGCUAGACGAUUUACAUGCUUACGAUAUUUACCAUUCUUUCCUAAAAAUGAUUAACAAGACAUUUCCCCGUCAAUAUGUAAGCCCCUCUAUAAAUCAGAUGAAUACAUAUAUAAGUAGAACGACAAAACAUGUUAUAGUUUGAGCACCACAGUUCGAUAUAUCCAUUCACUAAAGUCACUACAGUUUAUCGGAUGGACUUUGACACAAGGCGUUUAAUUAAAAUCUUGUAUGUUAAAGAAUCGGAUUUUCGAAAAAAAAGAGAGAAAUCCUAACAUUUUCUGUUAAGCUUCUUACCAGCUCUCUUUAAUACGACAUUUCUACGCCUCUUGGGAUAAAUACUGAUUUCAAGAUGUUUACACACCCACACGCUUAAUAAUGGUAAUUUUAUUCAAACGCAGAUAAAUUAUCUGUUUAGAUACACGCCAUACAGCACUGUUAAUUUACAUACCCCUUCUGGUGAUAAUUUUAGUAAUAUUAGUUAAGUUCACGAAAUAUUAAAUUUUAUGUAUGACUUAAAUCCA